AUGGGAGCUCCCUCGCCUGCCAGCCCAUCGGCCUGGAAAACGGAGCCAGCCCGCCAGCCGAGUGGUUCCAGCGCGCCCAGGGCUCCGGGCUGCGCCAGCCCAACAGCGAGACAGAGGGCGGUGAGAGGAACUUCAAAGUGAAUCUGCAUUGCAAGCACGCGCGGCCAAGAGAGCUCAAGUGUAACAGCCGGAGCAGCAAGGCUGAGGGUCCAUGCAUCGGCUUCCCCGACACCCAUGUCAGCAACUGCUCCACCAAGAGGCACCCUGGGGAGGAGGAGUUCAGGAUGCGCGUGAAGCCCCCUGGCCCAGUGGUGACGUCUGGUGCCAUCCGCAGCUCCCCUGACUACGUCCGCGAGGCUAAGUUCUACCAGACAGGGCAUCCUGGGCAGAGGCCAGCAGCGUGCCCGGCAGAGAAGGCCUUAUCCUGCAGCGUGCUGAGCUUCCCUGAGGGUUCGUGCCCAGCAUUGGGCCGAGAGCACCAGUCUGGCUCGCUGCUCCAUGGGGACCCGGCUGACCGGUGCCAGAGCCACCACACCCUGGGCACCACCAAGGGCGAGGACUUCUCAUCGGCCAACCCUCUGGGCUGCGCCAGCGACCCCCACGUCCUGGGGGGGGGCCUGGAUGAGACAGCCACCCACGACCGCGCCCCCAAGACCUUCUCCAAUGCCACGCUGGCCUCCGGCCGCUGCAACGUCGCCAACAUCGUCUCGCUGCUGAAGAGCAAGUGUGGCAACGGGAGGAUCAACCUCCACCCGGUGGUGCAGCUAAUUGACAUCAUGAAGGACCUCAACCGGCUCUCCGAGGACUUACGGAAUAGCGGCCUCCACCUGGACUGUGGCAGCCUGCGGCUCAGCCAUCCCCCGGCCUCUGGCGAGGAGAGCCGGCCGCUGGCCAGCGCCGGGGACCGAGAUCUCCAGUACAGCUUCUUCUCCUCAGCCACCCUGGCCAACAGCAUUCGCAGCCCGGAGGAGAGGGUGGCUCUGUACCAUGCCAAACCCGAGCCGCCCAGGCAGACUCGCCCUGGCCCCUGUGAGGAGGAGAUGGAGGGGGACAGGGAAAGCCCCCAGCAGCUGGGAUGCCAAAGCGGCAUUGCCCCGGCUUCAAAGCCACCCGGCAACCCAGAAGAAGCCAGCUGCUCCGAGCCAGAUGCCACGGAUUACUCGGAGCUGGCCGACGCAGACAUACUGAGCGAACUGGCCUCCUUGGCCUGCCCGGGGGCCCCCUUGCUGGAGUCCCAGCCCCAGUUGCUAUCAGCCCAGGAGCUGGAUUCCCAGUCCCAGUUACUAGAUCCUCAGACUCUUGAGUCCCAGGCUGGGCUGUUACGGCCGGGGCCGGCCGAGCCCAGCAUCCCCGGCCUGCUGGCAGCUCCCGCCCCGGAGGCCGAGGAGGGCCAGAAGGCCGCCCUGCAGUCCAAGAAGGGCAAAUGCCGUGGAGUGCGCAGGAUGGUGGUGAAGAUGGCUAAGAUCCCUGUCUCCUUGGGGAGGAGGAACAAGACCACCUACAAGGUCUCCUCCCUCACCAGCAACCUGAGUUUGGAGGGCAAGGAGCCGACGGCCCGCACGUCCCUGGAGCCCACCCCGCUGCUGAAGAUGAAGAACAACGGCCGCAAUGUGGUGGUGGUUUUCCCCCCGGGGGAGAUGCCCAUCAUUCUGAAGCGCAAACGGGGGAGGCCCCCCAAAAACUUGCUGCUGGGGCCAGGCAAGCCCAAGGAGCCCACCCCCGAGGUGAAGAAGAGGCGGAGGAGGAAGCAGAAGCUGGCCUCGCCCCAGCCCUCCUACAUCGCAGACACCAACGACAGCAAGGCUGACUACUCGGACGUGCUGGCCAAACUGGCCUUCCUGAACCGGCAGAGCCAGUGCUCGGGGCGCUGCUCCCCUCCACGCUGCUGGACCCCCAGCGAGCCCGAGUCCAUCCACCAGGCCCCCGACACCCAAAGCAUCUCCCACUUCCUGCACCGGGUGCAGGGCAAGGCGGGGGCCUUUGGUGGCCGGGGAGGAGGCCAUGGCGCCCGCUCGUCCCGCUGUUCCUUCAGCGACUUCUUCGAGGGCAUUGGGAAGAAGAAGAAGGGCCCGGCAGCCAUGCACGCCGAUCCCGUCCACCCGCGCAAGAGGGGCCGGCCGGAGCCGGACCCCGGAGGCAAGCCCAAGCGAAAGAGGCGCACUCGCAAGAACGGGGUGCUCUUCCCCGAGCAGAACCCCGGCCAGAACUUCAGCGACGGCGCCUCAGAGUGGGCUGGGGACAAGGGGAGUCCGUGGGCGCCUCACCACGGCCACAUCUCCAGCCAGGCUAGCAGGAACUGCAGCUACCAAGGGGCAGAGUCCAGGGCGUUCCUCUCCUCCGCGCUGGAGUCCAGCUCUUCCAGCCGGGCCAGCUUCUUUACUGGGAACAACCCAUCCUCCCAGACUGAGGUCAACCAGGAGAGGCACAACCUCUUCACUGGCUACUUCCGCUCCUUGCUGGAUUCGGACGACUCCUCGGACCUGCUGGACUUCGCCCUGUCAGCUUCACGGUCCGAGUCACGGAAGUCCUCAGCCACCUACACGGCCCCGCCCAGCGCCCUGCCCAGCCAGCGGGGCCUGGCCUCCUACCAAGGCAGGAGCACCAAAGUCACGCCGGCUGCCACCACUGAGGCACAAUUCCACACGGUCAUGCCGAGCCGGCAGUCCUUCUCCCACAGCCGGGCAGCCGGCUACGGGGUCUCCCAGGCCGCCUCCGAGUGCCGCGGGGCUGAUGCUUUCCAGAACCCCUCCCCCAACACAAAGGCCUCCAGCUUCGCCUACGGCAGCGGGAACAGCCUCCCUUCGUCCCCCAGCAGCGCCCACAGCGCCGGCUAUGCCCAGCAGACAGUGGGACCCAGCCUGCCACUCAGCAAGGCCUCUUUCUUCACCAGCUCCGAGCCGAGCCAGUUCUCCGGCUCCUCACACACCCCCCUAAGAUGCGACAGCCGGGCCAGCACCGUGUCCCCCGGCGGCUACAUGGUCCCCAAAGGUUCGGCUUCUUUCCAGCCCUCAUCCGAGAAUUGCCGGCAGUUCCCCACCGCUGCCCAGUGGACUUUCCGACAAGGAUACAGCGGGCUGGACUGGAGCUCCGAGGCCUUCAGCCAGCUCUAUAACCCAGGCUUCGAGUGCCACAUCAACGAGCCCAACGUCAUCCUGGACAUCUCCAACUACACCCCCCAGAAGGCCAAGCAGCAGACGGUCUCGGAGACCUUCUCCGAGUCCUCCUCCGACAGCACCCAGUUCAACCAGCCGGCCGGCUACAGGCGGGCCAACAGCGAGGCGUCCUCCAGCGAAGGCCAGUCCAGCCUGUCCAGCCUGGAGAAGCUCAUGAUGGACUGGAACGAGGCCUCCUCGGCCCCAGGUUACAACUGGAACCAGAGCGUCUUGUUCCAGAGCAGCUCCAAGCCCGGGCGGGGACGGCGGAAGAAGGUGGACAUGUUCGACGCCUCCCACCUGAACUUCUCCUCCUCCUCCUCCUCCUCCUCGGUGUAUCCCUCCAAGAGGAGCACGGGGCCCAGGCAGCCGCGAGGUUCCCGCGGGGCCUGUGCCUCCAAGAAGGAGCGGGGCCCGGGCAAGGCCAAGUUCCCCACCAAAGCCCAGCAGGUCAACGCACUAUUUCAAGAGAGCACGGACUUGGGGCUGGAUUAUUACAGCGGCGACAGCAGCAUGUCCCCGCUCCCCUCCCAGUCCCGGGGCUUCGGGCUCGGCGAGCGAGAGCCGGGCGACUACGCGGGGCCCUACUCCAUGAACCCCUCCACCCCUUCCGACGGGACCUUCGUCCAAGGCUUUCAGAGCGACUCCCCCGGCCUGGGCCAGACGGACUUGGAGAGCAAACCCUUCCCCGCCCUGCCGCACCAGCUGGCCGCCUCCGCCCAGCAGCCUGUGUUCGAAGCCAGCCUGCAGAAAGCCUUCUCGCCCAACUGCUCCCCGACCCUGGCCUUCAAGGAGGACCUGCGGCCGAGCGACCUCCGCAAGCUGCCAGCCUGCGAGUCGCUGAAGCACAGCAUGCCAGGCAGCGGCCUGCCCCACCCCGCGCACAUGGCCUGCCGAGACCUCGCCAUGCCUCAGCCCCACUACGACUCCCCCAGCUGCAAAACCCCCAGCUACUGGUACUCGCCCACCUCCAGCACCAGGAGUCCCCCCUAUGACAACAAGCCCGGGGCCGGCCUGCUGCUGGACUUCAUGGGGAGAGCUGAUGCCUCCUGCCUCAACCCCCACCUGGGCAACCCCAGCAACACCAACACCUCCAAGGGCGAGAAGGAGCCCCUCGAGAUGGCCAGGGUCCACCACCGGGGGGCGUACGCUUGCCCCUUGAUGAAUGACUUGAAUAUCUCCCCAGUACCCAGAGACUCUAUGCUGCCGCUGCAGGACAACUACAGGUACCCGAGUUUCCCGCCCCAAGGGCAUCCCAUCAUGGCCGCGGCCCAGAAGAGCGGGUUUUUGGGUCCAAUGGUAGAGCAACACCCCGAGGACACUUUUACAGUCACCUCAUUGUAGUGUCAUCUAAAGUGCCAACCGGACAACGAGGUUUUGUUACAGGAGCUAAUUUAGCCAGCACUUUUUCUGGAACACUUUUCAAGUUCUGUAUUUAACUGAGAUCGAGAACUGUUUGUUUGUUUGUUUGCUUUUCUAAAAAAAAAAAAAAAAGAGAAAAAA